AUGGAAGUGAUGGAAAUCGCUGGAAAAUAUCCACUAAGAGCUCCAAAUCUCUUGCUCUCGAAUAUGGAGUUCAUAGGGGUUGGAUGGAUUAGUUUGGGCAAUGAUCCUAUGGCCUCCAAGAAGAUUGUGGCGCUUUCAACAACCGAAGAUGAGUACAUGGCUCUAGCAGAAGCAGCUAAGGAAGCAGUAUGGUUACAUGGUUUGAUGAAUGAACUCGGAUUCAAGCAAGAAGCAGUUCAGAUUUAUUGUGAUUCUCAGAGCGCCAUUACAUUGGCAAAGAAUGUUGUUUUUCACGAAAGAACCAAACACAUUGCAGUGAAGUUUCACUUCAUCAGGGAUUUAAUCAGUAUGGGGUUGGUUCAGGUUUUGAAGAUAGCUACUGAGUAUAAUCCGGCAGAUAUUUUGACAAAGGUUCUACAAGUUGGGAAGUUUCAAGAGGCGUUGAGAUUUCUCAGAGUUAUAGAAGACUGA